UUCCCAAGUAUUCUUUAUAGUUUGACCAACAUAAUAGGCGAGAAGAAUGUCCAGGAUGCGUACAACAUAGUUGAUGAUAUCAGAACCCUCAAACGAAGAAUGUUGGAUGUUACUCGCAAGCGGGAGAUGUAUGGCAUAGGAAACUUUAGUGAGCAUCGAGCAGUAGCGAGUAAUUCAAGGGUGAUGGAGCUUCGGUGUCCUCGAUCUGAUGAUCAGGAAGAGCGUGUAGUUGAUUUGGAAGAUGAUGCUAAGGUUCUUUUGACAAAGCUUCUUGACGAUGAUGGGGAUAACAAGACAUAUAUGAUCUCCAUAUUUGGCAUGGGAGGUCUCCAAAACACUGCUCUUGCUAGGAAGCUUUAUAACUCUAGCUAUGUGAAGGAAAGUUUUGAAUAUCGCGUAUGGACUUAUCUUUCUCGAGAAUGUAAAACAGGAGAUAUUCUUAAGAGAAUCAUAAGAUCAUUGGAAGAAACAUCUGAGGUAGAGCUUGAAAAGAUGGCGGAGGAGGAGUUAGAAGUUUACCAUAAUGAUAUUUUACAAGGAAAAAAAUAUCGGGUGGUGGUAGAUGAUAUAUGGGAGAAAGAAGCGUGUGAGAGCUAGAGAGCAUUACCUUGCAAUUAUGAAGGAAGCAGAGUCAUCAUCACUACACGUAUUAGAGCCGUGGCUGAAGGCGCAGACCAAAGAUUCUACACCCAUAACAUAAGGUUCUUAACGUUUGAAGAAAGCUGGAACUUGUUUGAGAAGAAAGCAUUUAGAGAUAUCGUAAAGGUCGAUCAAGAACUGCAGAAAAUCGGUAAAGAAAUGGUUCGAAAAUGCGGUGGAUUACCGCUUACUACAGUCGUUCUUGCUGGGCUAAUGUCUAGGAAGAGGCCAGACGAGUGGAAAGAUGUGUGGGAGAAUUUGCGCGUAAAGGAUUAUAACAUUCAUGUCUCCACUGUGUUUGAUCUAAGCUUUAAGGAGAUGCUAAAUGAGUUAAAACUCUGCUUUCUAUACCUUAGCGUCUUCCCAGAGGACUAUGAGAUCGACGUAGAGAAAUUGAUACAAUUACUUGUAGCAGAAGGAUUUAUACAAAAUGACAAAGAGAUGAUGAUGGAAGAUGUGGCACGGUAUUAUAUCGAAGAACUGAUUGACAUAAGCUUAGUGGAAGUCGUGAAAAGAAAGAGAGGGAAACUAAUGUCUUUUAGAAUCCAUGAUCUUAUAAGAGAAUUGGCUAUCAAGAAAGCCAAAGAGCUCAACUUUGUAACUGUUUACAACGAGCAACAUUCUUCUACUACUAGCAGAAGAGAAGUGGUUCACCAUCUUAUGGACAACAACUACUUGUGUGACAGCAACAAACAAAUACGAUCGUUCUUGUUCUUCGGUGAACGGAUGAGCGACAUUACUUACGUUGAAACAAUUACUUUGAAACUGAAGUUACUUCGAGUGCUUAAUCUUGGAGGACUUCAUUUUAUCUGUCAAGGAUAUAGCCCUUGGAGUUUACCAGAUGUGAUCGGAGGUUUAGUACACUUGAGGUACCUUGGGAUAGCCGAUACGGUUGUGAACAAUUUACCAGAUUUCAUCUCCAACUUACGGUUUCUACAGACACUAGAUGCAUCAGGCAACUCUUUCGAGCGAAUGACUGAUCUAAGUAAGCUCACAUCACUAAGGCAUCUCAUUGGAAGAUUCAUCGGAGAAUUGCUAAUAGGCGACGCGGUGAACCUUCAGACCUUGAGGUCUAUCUCCUCCUACAGCUGGAGCAAACUAAAACAUGAGUUACUCAUAAAUCUUCGAGACUUGGAGAUCUAUGAGUUCCACAUAUUGAACGACCAAAUAAGAGUUCCUUUAGACUUAGUUUCCUUAUCGAAACUGAAAAAUCUUCGUGUCUUGAAGAUUGAAGUAGUGACCUUCAACUUACUUUCCGAAGAAACAGUUCGGUUAGAACUCCUUGUUGAGUUGACACUGCAUUGCAACAUAACAAGACUUCCAAGAGACAUGGAUUUGAUCUUUCCUAGUCUUGAGUCCCUUACGCUUAUAGUAAAUCUCCAAGAAGACCCAAUGCCUGCUCUACAAAAACUACAACGUCUAGAAGAUCUGGUCUUGUACUCUUGUGGCUACGCGGGAGCGAAAAUGUGCAUCAACGCACAAGGUUUUUGUCGGCUGAGGAAACUUAAAUUGAUCAUAACAAGAUUAGAUGAGUUGGAGAUUGAAGAAGAAGCCAUGCCAAGUUUGAUGGAGCUAAAUCUCGACAAAAAAGAUGGAGCUACAAAGCUGAUGAUUCCAGAUCGAUUGAGAGCAUUUGUUUGA